ACUCACAACACAGUAAACGAACUCUUUCAUCUUAAAUUAUAAGGUUUGACCCCAGACUAGGGCUUCAGCAGAAUUUGAUUCCCAAACUUGUAAAACGUCUGCCGCCAUCGCAUUAUCCUCAGAACCAAUGGCGGAGCAAUCGCCGCCGGACCAGACUCCGCCGUCGAGCGACAUCCAAUCCCUCUCCAUCAACUCCCAACCUUCCUCUUCCUCUUCGUCUUCAUCAACUCCACAGCUGAGUGUAGAAGAGAGGUUUCGGAUUAUAAGAAGUGUUGGGGAAGAAUGCAUUCAAGAGGAUGAGCUGCUGAACCUUCUCACCCACAAGCCUGAACCCAUUUGCUACGAUGGCUUUGAGCCUUCUGGCAGAAUGCACAUUGCUCAGGGAGUUGUGAAGGCGAUAAAUGUUAACAAACUGACCUCUGCUGGAUGUAAAGUAAAAAUCUGGGUUGCAGAUUGGUUUGCGCAGCUAAACAAUAAAAUGGGUGGUGACUUGAAGAAGAUUAAAAUAGUUGGACAAUAUUUGAUUGAAAUCUGGAAGGCAGUCGGCAUGGAUCUUAAUGGAAAGGUUGAAUUCUUGUGGUCUUCAGAUGAAAUUAACUCCAGGGCGUCGGAGUACUGGCCCCUUGUGAUGGAUAUAGCCCGCAGAAACAAGCUUCCCAGGAUAAUGAGGUGUUGUCAAAUUAUGGGCCGUAGUGAGCAAGAUGAGUUGUCAGCCGCCCAAAUUCUUUACCCAUGCAUGCAGUGUGCUGACAUAUUUUUCCUUAAGGCAGACAUUUGCCAGUUGGGCAUGGAUCAAAGGAAAGUGAAUGUCCUUGCAAGAGAGUAUUGUGAUGACAUAAAGAGGAAAAACAAACCAAUUAUCUUGUCUCAUCAUAUGCUACCUGGUCUGCAGCAGGGACAAGAGAAAAUGUCAAAGAGUGAUCCAUCAUCAUCAAUAUUCAUGGAGGAUGAGGAGGCAGAAGUGAAUGUGAAAAUAAAGAAGGCAUACUGCCCCCCUAAAAUUGUUGAGGGGAAUCCAUGUUUGGAAUACAUCAAGUACAUCAUCUUCCCAUGGUUUCAUGAGUUCAGGGUGGAGCGCAGUGCAGAAAAUGGUGGUGACAAGAACUUUAAAAAUUUUGAGGAGCUUGUUUCUGACUAUGAGAGUGGGGAGUUGCAUCCUGCUGAUUUGAAACCUGCCCUUUCAAGAGCUUUGAACAAGAUACUACAGCCUGUGCGCAAUCACUUUAACAAUGAUGCUAAGGCCAAGGAUCUGCUGAAACGGGUUAAGAGCUACCGUGUGACCAAGUGAUGGAGGAUGAGUACCUAUUUCUGGUCAAGAAUAUUAAUUAUGAUUUACCUAUUGUUUUAUUUACAUCCAAAUGAAAACUUGCCCCAUGCUAUAUACUUGUUAAGAUAUCCAGUUACCAAAACUUUGAUUUGCAUAUUGCUACUCUUGUUAGUGUAGAUUGUCAUGAUUUUGAAGAGGCAGAUUAUCAAUAAUAUAUCCUGGUGAGCAAUAUACGAAAUGAAGCUGUUACUUACAUCAA